AUGGCUGUCCUCAAAGUCAAAUUCACCAAAACCAAGAGGGACAAAUUAGCCCAGAUCUUAUGGAUCCUCAACUGGGUUUCUGUAGUGAGUGGGAUCAUUCUCUUCAGUCUAGGCCUCUUUCUGAAAAUAGAGAUCAAGAAGCGCAGUGAAGUGAUGGCAAAAGGGGACAUUAACUCUGUCCCCAACAUGCUGAUCACUGUAGGGGUCAUAGCAUGUAUCAUCAACUUCCUGGGUGGCAAAAUCUGCUAUGACUGCUCAGAUGCAAACAAGUUCUCUCGAUGGAAGCUAGUAAUGCUGCCAUACAUCGUAUGUACCUUCUGUUUUACCUUCUGCAUCCUGGUGGGUGCUCUCAUGUGCUACACCAUGAGGAACGAGCUGGAAGAGUCUCUCUACCUGGGACUGAGGGAUGCCAUUAAGUUCUAUAAAGACACAGACAUACCUGGGAGAUGUUUCUUAAAGAAAACAGUGGAUUUGUUACAAAUUGGAUUCCGUUGCUGUGGAAACAAUGGCUUUAGAGACUGGUUUGAAAUUCAGUGGGUAUCUCCUCGUUAUCUGAAUAUGGCUUCCAAAGAGGUUCUGGACCGCCUGAAGAGCAAUGUUGAUGGGAAGUUCUUGGUGGAUGGAGUCCCCUUCAGCUGCUGCAAUCCCAGCUCCCCACGGCCCUGCAUCCAGUACCAGCUGACAAACAACAGUGCUCACUACAACUAUGAUUUCCUGACAGAGGAGCUCAAUAUCUGGAUGAAGGGGUGCAGAGAGGCCCUACUGGAUUACUACACUGGUAUCAUGAGAUCCAUUGGCAUUGCAGCACUGCUCAUUUGGUUGUUUGAGCUCUCUGUACUGAUUGGUGUCCGGUACCUACAAACAGCCAUGAAGAAUGUCCUCCUGCUAGGAGAUCUGGAGGGUGAAUCGGAUGGUUGGUUACUAGAAAAUAGUUUUGUGGAAACUGCCAAAUACAACAUCAGUAUCAUUAAGAACCUUGGCAAAGCCAACCAGAUCUCCACUGUGUCAGGCAUGAAUGACCCGAACAUUAAUGUUCAAAACACAGACUGUGACAAAACUAAUAUUACAACAAAAUCCAUCCCUGCAGCUAGGUAG